AUGAAUCGCGAGAUAAACGACUUUCAGGCCAACAUGCACCGCCAUCGGAUGAGACAUAGUGGUGUAAAGCCGUACGAGUGUCGGUACUGCAAAAAGCGGUUCUUUCGCAAGGAUCAGACCUGCAAGGUCGCUGUUUCUUUAGAGCGCCGGUUGCGCAAGAAAGGCCUUGACGAUGAAAUCCACUCGUUAAGACAAGCGGUUCUCCCGCUGAAGAUUCGGGAUGCAAAUUUCAUCUCACAAACUUGCACACCGAAACAGGUCGAACACAUUCAGAUGCAAGAGCAUUCGAUGACGCACAUCAAGACUGGAGUAGACUUUGACUGCCCGGUCGCCUUUUGCACUCAUCAGUUUAGCCAACACUCUACAUUAAGAUCUCAUUUGGACGAAGCUCACAAUGUCUGCGCCUCGUCUCCGGCUUCCUGCAAGCGGUGCUCUUUACUUUUUGCUAAUUCGCGACGCCUUCUUCUUCACUAUCAGACGAGACAUGACGACAGCGAGUGCAGCGGAGCUGUGCCUAAGAAAGACAAUGACGCAUCACUGAAGAAGAGACGGCCAUUGUCGACAUCAGCAUCACCUUCACAACUUCGUGGUCCAUGCAAAAAAGAAUUUAGCCCACAUCAAACGGAUUCGUCCGAAAUAUCUUCUAGUCCGGAUUGGGACCAGGUUGCUACUUGCUAUUUUGGGCCAUUAAGAGUCAACUAG